ACUGCUGCUUGAGCAUUGCGUCUUCUGCUUGGAAGGACUGCCCGCUACUCUUUAUCUCGUUAUCUUGGGGGAUUGUUAUGCUCUGGCCUCCGCCAUGGAAGGUCUGCAAGCAGUCUUUCAUCCUCCUGUCGUCAAAUAUGAGCCAGACACUGAGAACAUCAAACGGAAGCUCAUUCAGAAGGGUGUCUACCCAACACCCAAAAUCAUUCACACUCGUCGCAAGAAAGAAAUCCAAAAACAUAAUCGAAAACUCAAGCGUCUUGCCGAACAAGAUAACCACGUCCCUCGGCUUACUCGGUCCCAAAAGCAAGAACUCUUAGACGAAUACAAAUUUCAGACGUUAAAGAGCGAAUACAAAGAAUUUUCAAAAGCAAUAGAAGCCAAGGUAGGAAAGAAGGCUGAAGCCAUGAUGGUGGGGAGGCCUUGGGAUGGACUUGAGAAGGUUGAAUUUCUUGAGCUUGCGGGAACGAACGGGGAAUAUGGAGGAGAGAAGCUUCGGAAGGAGAGUUUGAAGGAACUGAAAGAAAUGUUUGAGGCGCGAAAGCUGGAUGAAUUGCGGUGGGUUUUAGACGAUGACAUUGAAAUGAAUGAGGAUUGGUUCAAUGAUGAAAAUGAAAGCCGGGGCGCUGGGAGGAAGACGAGGAAACGUAGCGAGGCUGAGGUGAUACGGUUUCUUGUUGCGAGGCUAAGCGCGAAGGAGAUUACCGGAAAUGAUUGGAAGUUUGCAAGAAUGAUGAAGUUGUCUGGAUUGCAAUUUACUGAGGGUCAACUGCUGAAGAUUCUUGAAGAGCUUAGUGCUAAAGGAAGCUGGAAACAAGCGCUUUCUGUGGUGAAUUGGGUGUACAAAAAGAAUGAUAACAGGAAUUAUAAAAGCCGGUUUGUUUACACAAAACUUCUUGCAGUUCUUGGGAGGGCUAGAAGGCCAAAGGAAGCCCUUCAAAUUUUUAAUCUGAUGCGUGGAGAUCUCCAUAUAUAUCCUGAUAUUGCAGCAUAUCACAGCAUUGCUGUUACACUUGGUCAAGCCGGUCUUCUGAAAGAGCUGCUGAAAGUUGUGGAGUGCAUGAGGCAGAAGCCCAAUACAAGAUUUAUGAACCGGAAGGACUGGGAUCCUAUUCUUGAACCUGAUGUGGUUAUAUAUAAUGCUAUAUUGAAUGCUUGUGUUUCAUCAAAGCAGUGGGAAGGUGUGUCAUGGGUGUUUAAGCAACUUAGGAAGGGUGGUCUGAAACCAAAUGGAGCAACUUAUGGACUUGCAAUGGAGGUAAUGUUGCAAUCGGGCAAGUAUGACCUUGUCCAUGAGUUGUUUAGAAAGAUGAUAAAAAGCCGGGAGGCUACCAAAUCUCUUACAUAUAAAGUGUUGGUGAAAACUUUCUGGAAGGAAGGCAAAGUUGAUGGAGCUGUGGAAGCAGUCAGGGACAUGGAAAGAAGAGGAGUUAUAGGAACUGCCAGUGUGUAUUAUGAGCUUGCUUGUUGCCUUUGCAACUUCGGGAGAUGGCAAAAUGCUAUGCUAGAGGUUGAGAAGAUUAAAAGACUUUCUCAUGCUAGGCCAUUGGAGGUCACCUUCACUGGCAUGAUAAUGGCUUCCUUGGAUGGUGGGCAUGUUGAUGAUUGUAUUUGUAUAUUCGAACACAUGAGAGAACACUGUGCCCCUAACAUAGGGACUAUAAAUGCCAUGCUGAAAGUUUAUGGCCGAAGUGAUAUGUUUUCUAAAGCAAAAGAAUUAUUUGAGGAGGUUAAGGGAGCUAAAUCAUAUUGUUAUGGAUCCCCGGGAGAUGGUGGUGAGCCAUCCAUUGUACCAGAUGAGUACACAUAUAGCUCAAUGUUGGAGGCUUCUGCCUGUGCACUCCAGUGGGAAUACUUUGAGCACGUGUACAAAGAAAUGACACUCUCUGGUUAUCAGCUGGAUCAAAAUAAACAUGCAUCAUUGCUUGUUGAAGCAUCAAAAGCUGGCAAGGGGCAUUUACUGGAACAUGCAUUUGACGUGAUUCUGGAAUCCGGAGAAAUCCCUCCACCUCUAUUCUUUAUGGAUCUGGUAGUUCAAGCUACAGCUUAUCAUAAUUAUGAAAGGGCUGCUGUCCUUGUCACCACUAUGGCUUAUGCACCAUUUCAAGUUAGUGAAAAGCAGUGGACUGACCUGUUUAAGGAAAAUCAAGGCAGGAUUAAUCUCGAAAAACUAGACCUAUUGUUGGAUGCUCUUAGUAAGUGUGAUGUUGCAUAUGAAGCAACAGUCUCAAAUUUAUCGAGAUCCUUGCAUUCCCUCUGUGGAAUUGAUACAAGAAGAAAUGUCUCUGGUACCAUUGGUUUUGGAAGUGAAAAUACUCUCAGAGAUCAGAACUGUAGAACUGAUAACGGUAGAACUGCAAAUGUGCCAAUCAACUCUGAGACAAUGGAUGGAAGUGCUGAAUCUAUUAGUGACAUUGUUUGCAGUUCCCAUGUCGAACCAAAUAUAAUUUCACCCCAUGACGAUCAUGUCAAUAGUGAUGAUGAUGAUAUUGCCAUUGUCUCUAGGCCUAAAAACUAUGAUAUUGCAGACAGAACAAGUUUAUUUACUGAUAGGCAGGGAUUUGCAGAUGAUGUAGAAUUCGACAAAUAUUUUGAUACUCUGUGUGAGAACUGGGACGUGUCUAAUGGAAGCACUGAAGAGGAUGAUACAGCAUCUGAGAGACCCUCAGCACACGAAAUACUGCAAGAAUGGAAGAAGAGGAGAAACGAUGAUAAGAGUUAUUCUCAAUCACAAAUAAGGAGUACAUGAUGAAUGUAAGUUUUUUUUUUUUUUUUUGGGGGGGGGGGGGGCCGCGUUGGUGUUGUACGAUGAGUGUAAGUUGCUUCAAUGUAACGUGCUAAUACAACCAAAGUAGAGCUGAUUGUUAUGAGUUGUAACAUGUAAGAAUGUUCGAUGGUUACUUGUAAUUUAUUUCAUAAUUUUGUCCCUAUGACAAAUUAUGAAUUUCUAUUAUAUUUGUAAAUUUAAAAUCAAUGUAUUAUAUUCAAACAAAGCCAUUUCACAUAGAAAAAUUUAAGA